CAAGAAGCACAGUCAGCAGGAUGGACAGCUCUACAUGGAUCACGAGAGCCUCUGCCGCUUCUAACAACACCAUUGCCAUCAAUAAUGCAGCGGACAUUUCAGUCAUCGUUAUCUAUUUCAUAGUCGUCUUAGCAGUGGGCCUUUGGGCUAUGUACUCCACGAACCGCGGAACUGUGGGUGGAUUCUUCUUAGCAGGCCGAAGCAUGGUUUGGUGGCCGAUUGGUGCCUCGCUGUUUGCCAGCAACAUCGGCAGUGGUCACUUUGUAGGCCUGGCUGGAACGGGGGCAGCUUCAGGGAUCGCCAUUGGAGGUUUUGAGUGGAAUGCCCUGGUGAUGGUGGUGAUUCUCGGCUGGCUGUUUGUACCCAUCUAUAUCAAGGCUGGAGUGGUGACCAUGCCGGAGUAUCUGAGGAAGCGGUUUGGGGGGAAGCGGAUACAGAUCUACCUCUCAGUCCUCUCUGUGCUCCUUUACAUCUUCACCAAAAUCUCUGCAGAUAUAUUUUCUGGAGCAAUAUUUAUUCAGGUAGCCAUGGGACUGAAUAUUUAUGUUGCUAUCAUCAUAUUGCUUACUAUCACAGCCCUGUAUACUAUCACAGGAGGACUUGCGGCUGUCAUAUAUACAGACACAUUGCAAACUAUCAUCAUGCUGGUGGGGUCUAUCAUCUUGACAGCAUUCGCAUUUCAUAAAGUAGAAGGAUAUGAGAAUUUCAUGGUGAAAUACAUGAACGCUAUCCCAUCUAACACUGGAAAUAUGACUAUUCCCGAGAGAUGUUACACUCCCCGUCCGGAUGCCUUCCAGAUCUUCCGGAACCCCAUCACUGGUGACUUGCCAUGGCCAGGACUCAUCUUCGGCUUGUCCAUCCUGGCUUUGUGGUACUGGUGCACAGACCAGGUUAUUGUCCAGCGAUGCCUCUCAGGCAAGAACAUGUCCCAUGUCAAGGCUGGCUGCAUCAUGUGUGGCUACAUGAAACUGCUCCCCAUGUUCCUGAUGGUGAUGCCUGGGAUGAUCAGUCGGAUUCUGUACACAGAUGAAGUGGCUUGUGUCGUGCCCGAGGUGUGCCAAGAGGUUUGUGAUACACCAGUUGGCUGUUCAAACAUUGCUUAUCCAACACUGGUGGUGAAGCUUAUGCCAAAUGGCUUACGAGGCCUGAUGCUGUCUGUUAUGCUGGCCUCUCUGAUGAGCUCUCUCACCUCCAUCUUCAACAGUGCCAGCACACUGUUCACCAUGGAUAUUUACACCAAAAUACGAAAGCAAGCGUCAGAAAGAGAGCUCAUGAUAGUAGGCAGGUUGUUCAUCUUAGCUUUGAUUGGCGUCAGCAUUGCCUGGGUCCCUGUGGUGAAGUCAGCUCAAAGCGGGCAGCUCUUUGACUACAUCCAGUCCAUCACCAGCUACCUGGGCCCACCAAUCGCAGCUGUCUUCUUUCUGGCUAUCUUCUGCAGAAGGGUCAAUGAACAAGGAGCCUUCUGGGGCCUGGUUAUUGGGCUGCUGAUUGGUCUCUCUCGAAUGAUUGCUGAGUUUGCCUAUGGAACUGGCAGCUGUUUGGAACCCAGCAAUUGCCCGGAUAUCAUCUGUAAAGUUCACUACCUCUACUUUGCCAUCAUCCUUUUUGUCAUCUCCCUCAUCAUUGUUUUGACCGUCUCACUCUUGACCAAGCCUAUUGAUGAAGUACAUCUUUAUCGUCUUUGCUGGACCUUGCGCGACAGGACAGAGGAACGCAUUGAUCUGGAUGCAGAUGAUAUGAUAAAACCUGAGGAGCCUGACCUCGACGAUGAAAUUGUCCCUGAUGAAGACGUGAGCUGUUUCAGGAGGGCCUUCAACUGGUUUUGUGGCUUGGAUGACAAGAAAGGCCCAAAGCUGAGUAAAGAGGAAGAGGCAGCCAUGCAGCUGAAAUUAACUGACACAACUGAAGACCCCUUUUGGAAGCGUGUGGUCAACAUCAAUGGCAUCAUCUUGUUGUGUGUGGCUGUGUUCUGUCAUGGGUAUUUUGCAUAGACAUCUAUGCUCCACCUCCAGGGUGGUUGUUUUUUUUAAUGAAGGUCUCACUCACUCACUGAAAUUGCGCUGUGAAACCAUAGUCAUGUCCUUGUUGAACCUAUAACUUAUUUGUUUCUACUUAGUUGAUCAGUAUGGUUUAAUCACAUCAAUUAAUUGGAAUUAAAACAAUCAGUGGGCUAAAAUGAGACCACAACAGUGAGACUGCAGAGUCUCCAGUACUUCAUGAGGACCUAUGCCAUUACAAUCUCCCUCUUCUGAAAGGGAUCAUACCCACCACAUCUUGGAUCCCACAUGCAAAGAAAUGUGGUGGGCUAUCAGAACCACAACAGUGAUGCUCAGUGUUUGAUGAUCUGCUUUGAAUUUUUUUUACAAAGUGUGAUUUUUAAAAAAAAAAUUCCACUUUUUGUGUUGCCUAUAUGUUGGGAGAGUUUGUUCUCUCAUAAGUGAUGUGAUUUGUAAAGAAAACAGAAGGAGAAAGUGAUUGUCUGGUAAAUACAGACUGUUCUGUGGA